GCCGGAAGUGGGCGUUGCCUGGGAGCUGAGGUGCGGUACCACAAUUGGGAGCUGGCAGUGCGGCUGGGCUCUGAGUUUGACUCCGUUUCUUUGAGUUGGAGCCUUUUGGUGGAUGCCAUUUCUGGUUCCCUGAAUCACAGCUUUGAGAGAGCACUUGGGUCUGCCUACUUUUCACUGCAGACAUGGAAGACAAUUAUGUUGAUUCCUUGGAUCCAGAGAAGCUGAUACAAUGCCCAUAUGAUAAAAACCAUCAGAUCAGGGCCUGCAGGUUCCCUUAUCAUCUGAUCAAAUGCAGAAAGAACCACCCUGAUGUUGCAAACAAAUUGGCUACGUGUCCUUUCAACGCUCGCCACCAAGUUCCCCGGGCUGAAAUCGGUCGCCACAUCUCAAGCUGCGUUGACAAAAGCUGCAUUGAGCAGGACGUUGUCAGCCAGUCCAGGAACUACAGAUGCGAGGGUCUGACUGUGAACACAUGGCAGUCCCCUCCUUGUGACGAAGACUGGGAUAAAGAUGUGUGGGAGCAGUCCAGCACCACCUUUGUCUGGGGCACUGCUAACUGCACUGGCAAUAACAGCCCUGCAAACAAUUUGGUUGUGGAACAUAAGAAUAACCUGGCUUCAGGCAUGCGGGUUCCCAAGUCUCUGCCAUAUGUACUACCAUGGAAAAGCAGUAAGUGGAAUGGAGCUGAAUCACUCUCUCCAUGAUAUGAAAAUGCACAGUAACUGAAAAUCUAUCUCAUCAAAUGACAGUCCCAAGAAGACACUUUUGCCUCCUGCUACUUACUACCCAUGGGUUCUUCAUUUUUCUUCCUAAUCUUAUUUUGGAAGGAUAAACUGUCUGUGGCUCUGAUUGACCAGUCCCCUUUUUUUCCUCCCCCCCUCCCCUUCCCCCACUUGAACCCUUUCUUCAAUGCCUCCUCAGAAAGCUUUUCCAAAUAAACCACAGAUGUACUAAGGCUAGCCCAGUAGCUGCACUGAAAACAUUGUCAGCAACCCUAAAAGCAAAACCUCUCUUUUCUACCCAGUGUAGGACACGCAGUGAUUUGAAGCUGUUUACCUAAACUAGUCCCAGUAGGCAGAAAACUUGGGCUAGAAACAGUAGUGCCACUUAAAGCUUAAUCCAGGUGCAUCUCUGUAUAGUACCAAGAGGCCUGGUGUGUUUCAGCAUUUAUGUAAUUGACCAGUUAUAGUCUUCCGGUCCAUAAGAUCCUUGAAAUAUGGAUAGGGCUCAUGUAGAAAAACUUUUACUUUGAGUAGCUUUCUUUUGGUAGCUUUCCUUUAGGGUAUCUUACUGUUCCAAAGCACAUGGAUUUUUCUGCUUCUACUUCUCCCCGGUUGCUAAAGGAAAUUGUACUAGCUGUCAGACAAGGUACGUAUUAGGAAGUGAAUAUUGAUGUAGGAUAGAGGGAGGUAUCCAUUCUGUAUGUAAGGGGGUGAUAGGUUUACCACCUCUAUGUGAAAUUUACUUAAUUUCAAAAACCUCCAAAGCUUAACUGUAUGAAGACCUUGCUGACUUUCCCUAGGGUGUGAGUAUCACAACACUAAGGGAACAAACCCAUAGAGACUUUGGGGAUCUGGCAUCGAUAGGAGCCCUGAGCACUCUAUAACAAAUGAGUCUGAAAAUUAUCUGCUCUAACCAUCUUUGCCAAUAACAGAUAAGGAAGAAGUUGGGCUAGUGGGAGGGCAGGUAUUGUAGAACCCAGCUACAACAAUGAGGCCUGGGCUAUUGGUCUGGGAACAAACUCUGGAAUCAGGCUUGAAGAUAGAGCAUUUCUGUUUUCAGCUCUGUUGGUUGAGUGGGGAAAUAGGUAUUUCUGGGGUGGACAACAUUUAAUUGGGAAGGAAAUCACACUCCCAUUAUUCCUCUUUCUCCCCCUUUUUCCUGCCUUCUCGUAUUUAAGGGUCAAUCAGCACUACAUAACAGCUUAACUUGGUCCUGGUGGGGUGGGAGUGAGAGAGGGGCUGAAUUGGAACUUUAUUGCUAUACAGUUGGGGGGGAAGGGAGAAACGUUUUGACUUUCGUUGGUGUUGACAACAUACUGUUAGACCCAUAACUGCUGCCAAAGUUGGGGAAAGCAGGUGGUAAAGUUUUGCUGCCGGCAACUCCUGUUCCUUUUCAUAGUUCAUAUGACAUAUGAUUGGGUGGAAAACUACUUUGGAUUUUCAGGCAUCCCCAGGGCAAGUCACUCUAGUAUCUAUUAUUCAAAAAGGACAAAUGAAAACCCUUUCUGUUUUUGAGAGGAUGUCUGCCCACCCCAUUCCCAGAAUACCUUUUGUUUCUCACUUCCCCUCUUGAGACUAAUUACCAGUAGCCUGACCCUUAGGAGUGUGAAUAGCUCUCGCUACAGAUUACCUGCCAGUGUUAAUUGUUGGCACUCAGGAGUGAGCUGUCUAAAGUCUGGUUUCUUCAAUAAACUAAUGAUUAAAAUAGCCUGUUUGGCUGGUUCAGGAGCUUACCUAAGAUUGUAGGUGUUUCAGAAAUUUAGUGACCAAUAGGAGAUUCCCGAGAAAGGAUUAAAAAAAAAAAGUUGCUUUACUUGACUAACUAGACUUCAUCAGUCGGGAAUUUGAAGGAAAAGCCACUGUGAACCCAGCUUUUGGAGUUCCUUUAUUGAGAGCAUUUUCUUUUGAUAUGAAUGACAGAUAAAUACUUGUUUCCUAUUUUAGUUCAUGCUACUAGUUAAGGGCUCCAUUUAAGUUUGAGCUAUAAAUAUGGUUCAAAUGUUCAUGGCCCAGAGAAGACUGAGUCCUGUAUUUUGACUUUAUUUUGGGCUUAGGCUCUAAGGAGGAUUUGCUUUUUGGUGAGAUUGCCUCUCCCUGCAGGGAUGCUGGAAGUACCAUGGUGAUUUGUAAAUGUUCUCACUAGGAAUAAACAAAUGUAGGUGAUAAGUGCUGCUUAGUUCUCUUGGUAGCUCUGCCUGAGCAAAACAAGGAGAGCAUUUGUUUGGAUUUAAUUUAAAAUAAUGUACUGCAGCACCAUUUCAGUGAUGCAGGAGUACAGUAGCUGCUUGUGUUAAUUAGUCUCAAUGUUUAAAAAAAAAAGCAUAUAUGUGUAUGUGUAUAUAUGUGUUUGUUGGCAUUAUUGAAACACUUGAGUUGCACUUUUCAGAAUUCAAUUUAGGUUCCAAGUUGAUCUAAAAACAAUUAGAUAAAAUUGUGCUUAUGAUGGCUACCUAUAAAGGGGCACUUGCAAAAUUCAAGGCAUUUUGUAUGACAUUUUAAAAUGUCUUCAAUAUGUUGGCAAAUUUGGGGGAAGGAAAUUUAUUGUGUGCUUGUAUUGUUCAGAUAAUAGAAAAAGAUAAAAACAGGCUUUAAACACUAUGAGAAAGAUACUAUUGUUUUAUCCUUUGAGCCCUGUAUUCAUGGUGCUUUGGUGUUUCAGAGCACAUCCAUAGUCUAUGUCAAUCUUAAACCUCUUCAGAAGCAAUCUGAUAGUUCAAGGGACUUUAAUCAUCAGCUUCAUCCUAACAAACAGACAUGGGCUGGCUUGUCCUUCUAGACUAGGUGAAUGAAGACCUCAGUCCAAGCCUGUAGCCAGGUCCAGUCUACUGACUCUUACAACUUCAUAUCCGGUGUGACUCAGCUGUGAAAUCUGAGACUUGUUUGCAUCUAAGAAGAAGCACCUUAGGCCAGACUGUAACCCAGGAGAACAGCCAUAUGGUCAGCAGAUCUGCAUUUGUGUUUACCUUGUUGGAGGACUGCUUUAUAUGAAACUAAAACAAUGUGAAGGGUUUGGGGGAGACUAGAAAGAAAAGAUUUCAGUUGUUGAGUUCCCACAUUUUACAUGGAAGAACUAAAGCCCAUUCUUGCAUGAAAAACACUUAUUUGAACUCAGACCAUGAACCUUAAUUUUUAUUUGUGUGCUUGCAUUGAAAUAAAGUACCUUUCAAUCAA